GUGCCCUGUGUGCUGCUCCAUGGAAAUCAGUUGCAGCCUUCUCAGGAGCAGCUAGUUCAUGGAUGGCUAUUUUCCCCUCCCUCUUCUCUCCACUAGAAACCUGUUUGUCGAGGCCACUGCUGGCCCUGCCCACUGCUAAGCCAUGGUGUGUGGCUGCAAGCGAGGAGCAGGCAGAUGCAGACUGCAGAGGAGGAUGAAGGGCGAGGAUUAUUGCACAGGGCAUGUUUGCUAGCCUCUCUGAGGGGCAGGAGGAGAGCCCUGCUGCCCUGUGCCCCCUGCCAGGGGUUCCUGCUUAGCAAUGGUGCCGGCGUUCAGCUGUGAUACCGGGCCCCCUUUGUGAAAGCAGCUGGUGGGAUCAUCUUUCCUGCAACCCUCACAGCAAAUGGGCUUCAUGGGUGCAGCAGCUGGGGAUGGCACCUUGCCCCACUGAGACCAUGUCAGAAGGGCUGUGCGGGGAGUCAGAGGCAGACUGCCCGGUUUGCUGGAACCCCUUCAACAACACCUUCCGCACCCCAAAGCUCCUGGAGUGCCAGCACUCCUUUUGCAUCGAGUGCCUGGCACACCUGAGCCUGGUGUCCCCUGCCCGCAACCGGCUGCAAUGCCCACUCUGCCGCCAUCCCACAGUGCUCCCCUCCAACCAGCCCAUCACCGAGCUGCCCACCAACUCGGAUGUCCUGCGGCUGCUCAAACUGGAGCCCAACCAUAUCAUCCUGGAGGGCCGGCAGCUGUGCUUAAAGGAUGAGCAGAAAUCACGGUACUUCCUGCGCCAGCCCAGGGUUUAUACCCUCAACCUGGGAACAGAUCCAGGGCCCAGGCUAGGUAGCUCCCAGGCUUCCCCUAGGCCGACCUCCAUCCCCAGCCGCUCUUCCCUUCGGCAGUGCAUACGCAACCCCCAGUUCCGCAUCUUCGCCUACCUGAUGGCCAUCAUCCUCACUGUGACGCUGCUGCUCAUCUUCUCCAUCUUCUGGACCAAGCAGUUCCUGUGGGGCAUAGGCUGAGGGCUUGGCAAGCCCCAUAACUGGAGCCCAGAGCUCAACGUCUUCUCAGACAGCAAAAUGUCCCAGGCGACAUCAGCCACUUUGCAUCUGCUCUGGGCCUCUUAACCCUCUCUGCACCCUCCAGGGCCAUCACUGCAGCCUCUGGCUAAUGAACUUUUUUCCUGAUCUCUUCUCAGUGAUACACCCAGUCAUGCUAGUGGCCUGGCUGCAUCCAAAGGCCUGGGGGCUCCCCAGCAGCCACGCUGAGCGAUGUGCACCAAGAGAAGCAGAACCUGGAUGGCGUUCAGGAACUGCCCCAUCAGCUGAAGCUCUUUGCUGCCUGUCAUGGGGUCUGGGGCCAAGGCACUACGGGACAUGAGUGCCAAGGCGCUUCGGGAAUACAGAUGCUCAUAAUAGUGGGCAACAAGGCCAUUAUACUGGAUGGUCAUGACCCAAGAGGAGGGGAUGCUGCAAACCCCAGCCCAAGAGGAAUGAGCCAGAAUCUUAUGGAAACAGUGAAGAUUUCCAGAGGCUCUCCUGUGACUCAUCUUCUUGUCUCUCCUGGGAUAAUACCAUGGAUCUGGGUGCCACCAAGGACAACAUGCAGGCCAGGACAUUCAUGUCCACAGACUGACACCAUCUGUUGUGCCAAAGGUCCUCACGGGGGGGGGGCAGCGCUGUUUCCAUCUGCUGGAUAAGCAGACCCCUGACCCACAGCAAAGACCUGCAAGAAAUUUCAUCUUUUGUCUUUUUGAGCUAAUUGUUGCACUUUUUUGUUGUGUUGUUUACAAUCAAACACAUACAGCUCCUAUGCCAGGGUCCGAGCUUCUCCUCUGCUCUCACCCCUCAACCUCACUUUCUUUUCUAGAGGCAAGAAAAUAAAUGUGAACGGUUUCCAUUUC